CGUUUAUUUAGAAUCAUUCUUCUGAGGAAAGCCAUUCCAAAUACAACCCUACUGCUCACUCUGUAUACAUAUAUGCCAUAGACAACAUUAGAUCUUAUCUUCCCAUUUCAACAUGAGAUUCUCUUCUGUUAUCUCCAUUUUUAUACUUGCUAUUCUUGGUUUCUGGACAUUGAUUCAUGCCCAGCAGCCUUAUGAGGGAAAAGCUACAACAAAUUGUUCCAACACCGACAAUUCUGUUCUUGGAUACUCUUGCAGUGGUCUAAACAGGAGUUGCCAGGCUUAUGUUACCUUCAGAUCCCAACCUCCUUACAACUCUGUCGCUUCCAUCUCUACCCUCUUGAGCUCUGACCCAUCUCAGCUCUCUGCAAUAAACUCAGUUUCUGAGACUGCAUCAUUUGAUACAAACAAAUUGGUGAUAGUUCCUGUUAACUGCUCAUGUUCAGGUAACUAUUCUCAGGCCAACACAUCUUAUGUUGUCCAGGCAGGAGACUCUUUUUUCCUGAUUGCUAAUAAUACGUAUCAAGGCCUCUCAAAUUGUCAAGCCCUCCAGGAUCAAAACAGAAGACAAACUUCUGAAAUAUUUACUGGUGAAAGGCUCACCAUUCCUCUAAGAUGUGCUUGCCCCACAAAAAACCAAAAUGAUGCGGGUAUCAAGUAUCUAUUAAGUUACCUAGUCACCUGGAAUGAUACAGUUUCAACUAUUAGCAUCAAAUUUGGUGUGGAUACUGGGAGGAGCCUUGAAGCUAAUGGGCUUAGCGAGGAAAAUCCCAACAUUUAUCCCUUCACCACCCUCCUGAUUCCCCUGCAAAACCCACCUUCAAGUGCUCAAACAAUAGCACCACCUCCACCUCCAGCUUCACCACCGCCUCCAUCACCAUCUCCCAACUCCAACAAUAGCUCAGAUAAAACAUGGGUUUAUGUCGUUGUUGGGGUUGUAGGAGGAAUUGCCCUCAUGAUAGUCCUUGGCAUCAUUAUUUUCGUUAGAGUGUUUGGUAAAAGUAAGAAGAGAUCUGAUCUGGUUAUCGUCUCUGAAAGCUUUGAGGCACGUGAGAAACCCCUCAACAAGAAGUCGGAUGAAGAAUCUCAGGACUUCUUGGAGAGCAUAUCUAGUAUAGCUGAAUCCAUUAAAGUUUACAAGUUCAAAGAACUGGAAACUGCGACAGAUAAUUUCAGCCCCAGUUGUUGGAUUAGCGGAUCUGUUUAUCGUGGCUUAAUUAAUGGUGAUUAUGCUGCGAUUAAGAAAGUGAGUGGUGAUGUUUCAAAGGAGAUAUAUUUAUUGAACAAGAUCAACCAUUUUAAUCUUGUUCGCCUCUCUGGUGUUUGUUUCAGUGACGGACAUUGGUUUCUGGUUUAUGAAUAUGCUGCAAAUGGACCAUUGAGUGAUUGGAUUUGUAACACCAACAAUGAUGGGAAGUUCUUAAAUUGGACGCAGAGAGUACAGAUUGCUUUGGAUGUGGCAACAGGGCUUAACUAUCUGCAUAGUUUUACUAGCCCUCCUCAUGUGCACAAGAAUAUAAAAAGUAGUAAUGUUCUUCUUGAUAGUGAGUUCAGGGCUAAGAUUGCAAAUCUUGCCAUGGCAAGGUCAGCAGAAGGGCAGGAAGGUGAAUUUGCAUUGACAAGGCACAUUGUUGGAACAAAAGGUUACAUGGCUCCUGAGUACUUGGAACAUGGUCUGGUCUCCACAAAGCUUGAUGUCUAUGCAUUUGGGGUUCUUAUGAUGGAGAUAGUUUCUGGGAAAGAGGUUGAUGCUUUAUACACAGAGGAAGAUAUGAACUUAUCAGAUGUGUUAACCGACGUUCUUUCUAAGGAAGAUGGACAGGAGACUCUGAGGAAAUUCAUUGAUCCUUCCAUUCAAGGGAAUUAUCCUUUGGAACUCACUGAUCUUGUGAUGAGAUUGAUUGAUAGAUGCUUGAAUAAAAAUCCGGCAGAUCGUCCAUCCAUGGAUGAGAUCACGCAGUCUCUCUCAAGAAUCUUGACCACUUCACUCAAUUGGGAAUCAUCCAACGUUCCAGGGUACCAGUUCAGCAGGAGCUCUUGACAGCAAGUUAUUUAAAAUGAAUGCUUUCACUUGUAAGUUUUGCUUUAUGCCUUUUUAGACUUUUCUGUAUUUGUUCUUCCUUUGUCAGGUAAUAUAAUAAUAUCCAAGAUUGUAUUGUAAAAUUCUUUUGUGUAAGUAUUUCAGAUAUAUAGUGACAUUUGAAAAUUCCAAUA